CCCGCGAUCAACUGGGUCGCCAGUCCAUCAGCGAGAAGCGGCACGCGUCCAAAGACGCCAAGAGCACGGACACGUACCAGCGCACCAAGCGGGCGCGCGAGGAGCGCGAGCAGCAGCGCCGCCUGCUGGAGGCCGAGCUGCGGCGGGAGGAGGCGCACGACGGCCGGCCGCCAGACGACGUCGGUCCCAGUCUGGGCAUGAAGAAAUCGUCCAGCCUCGAGUCGCUCCAGACCAUGGUGCAUGAGCUGGCGCUGGCCGAGGAGGGCGAGCGGUCGUACCCGCACCGCGGCCCCGUGAAGGUGGUGCGCGGCCGCGGCUGCAACGAGAGCUUCCGCGCCGCCGUCGACCGCAGCUACGAAGCGCCGCUGGGCGACGACAACGGUGACGUCAUGGAAACCGUGGACGAGGAGGCGGCCGGGCCGGACGCCGGCGGCGCCCUCUUCAGCCGGGACCGCACCGCCCGCCAGAGCUCGCUCAGCUCCGGCGCCGUCGAGGGCAAGAAGGCCAAGCGACGCUCGGGUCUGCUCAGGGGACUCGGCAGCAUGUUCAGGUUCGGUCGGCACCGCAAGAGCAGGCGAGACGGCGUGUACCGCACCGAGACGGCCGAGGAGCGGGCCGAGCAGCAGCUCAGGAGGCGGAGCUGA